GGGGGGGUCAGGGGAGGUUGCGGGCGGCGCCUGCGCAGUGCGGCGGCCGAGUCAGUGUGUAUGUGAGACUCUGACGGGUUCAAAAUGGCGGCGGCGGCUUCUGUAAGAGGACAAAGGCGCAGGAGAGACCUGGAGGAAGAGGAGGAAGACAGCAGCCCUGGAGUGUCCUUCUCCCUCUCUUCAGAAGAGUCAGAGAUGGAGCCUGAGGAAGAACGGAUCCGUUAUAGCCAAAGACUGCGUGGCACGAUGAGGCGGCGUUACGAGGACGAUGGCAUCUCUGAUGAUGAAAUUGAAGGCAAGAGGACGUUUGACCUCGAGGAGAAGCUGUCCACCAACAAGUUUAACUCCACCUUCGUGGUCUUCAUGGAAGGCAAAGACUUCACAGUUGAAUACAUCCAGAGGGGUGGCCUGAGGGACCCUCUCAUCUUCAGGAGCUCCGAUGGCUUGGGGAUAAAGAUGCCAGACCCAGACUUCAGCGUCAAUGAUGUGCGGCUCUGCGUUGGGAGCCGGCGGAUGGUGGAUGUCAUGGAUGUGAACACACAGAGGGACAUUGAGAUGUCCAUGGCACAGUGGGCACGUUACUACGAAACACCAGAGGCUGAGAGGGAGAAACUUUACAACGUCAUCAGCCUGGAGUUCAGCCACACCAAACUGGAGAACCUGGUGCAGAGACCUGCUACGGUGGAUUUGAUUGACUGGGUUGAUAAUAUGUGGCCCAGGCACCUGAAGGAGAGUCAGACAGAGUCUACGAAUGCCAUCCUGGAGAUGCAGUAUCCAAAGGUGCAGAAAUACUGUCUGAUGAGUGUCAAGGGCUGCUACACAGACUUCCACGUGGACUUCGGUGGCACUUCUGUGUGGUACCACAUCCACCGAGGGGGAAAGAUCUUCUGGCUGAUCCCUCCUACACCGCAGAACCUGGAGCUCUAUGAAAACUGGCUUCUCUCAGGGAAGCAGGGAGACAUUUUCCUUGGGGACAGAGUGUCUGAGUGCCAGCGCAUCGAGCUCAAGCAGGGCUACACAUUUGUCAUCCCCUCAGGUUGGAUCCAUGCUGUGUACACUCCCAUGGACACACUAGUGUUUGGAGGCAACUUCUUACACAGCUUCAACAUCCCUAUGCAGCUCCGGAUCUACAGCAUUGAAGACCGGACACGGGUCCCAAAUAAGUUUCGUUAUCCCUUCUAUUAUGAGAUGUGUUGGUACGUGCUGGAGCGCUAUGUCUACUGCAUCACCAGCCGCUCCCAUCUCACCAAGGACUUCCAGAAGGAAUCACUCAGUAUGGAAACCCCUUCUGUGAGUGCCUGGCCACUGUGCUCUUCUCACUCCUUUUCCAUCAUGGCAGAUAUGGAGCUGAGCUCCUCGGACUCGGUAAACAUGGAAGAGGAAGAGGAGGAGGAAGAGGAUGAGGAUGGAACAGGGAAGGAGCCCCGGCGACCGAUCACAAGGAGGUCCAUUCUCACCAGCCCCAUUGCCAACGGUGCCAAUGUGGACUAUGAUGAACUGGGCAAGAGCUGCCGGAGCAGCCUUCCAGGUCUGAAGAAGACCCCAUCUAUAGACUCUUCUGACUCCAGUCGGGGCUCCCAGAAUGGCCAGGCCUGUGAUCCCAAUGGAGGCAGCCCACGCAAGAGCAGGAAGGUGCAUCUGACCCAGUUUGAGCUGGAGGGGCUGCGCUGCCUCGUGGACAAGCUGGAGUCACUCCCCCUGCACAAGAAGUGUGUUCCCACCGGCAUUGAGGAUGAGGAUGCUCUCAUCGCUGACGUCAAGCUGCUGCUAGAAGAGUACGCAAACAGCGACCCCAAACUGGCACUUACAGGCAUCCCCAUCGUCCAGUGGCCCAAGAGAGAUAAGCUAAAGCUCCAGGCCCGGCUGCGGGUGCGCCUGCCCACCAUCCCCAUCACCAAACCACACACCAUGAAGCCAACCCCUCGCCCGACACCCGUCAGGUCCACAGUGUCUCCCAUCGUGUCCGGCGCCCGGCGGAGGCGGGUGCGGUGCCGAAAGUGCAAGGCUUGCAUGCAGGGCGAGUGUGGCAUGUGCCACUACUGCAGGGACAUGAAGAAGUUCGGUGGCCCUGGCCGCAUGAAGCAGUCCUGCGUCCUCCGGCAGUGCUUAGCACCCAGGCUGCCUCACUCGGUCACGUGUGCACUUUGUGGGGAGGUGGAUCAGAACGAGGACUCGCAGGACUUUGAGAAGAAGCUCAUGGAGUGCUGUAUCUGCAACGAGAUCGUUCACCCUGGCUGCCUGCAGAUGGAUGGCGAAGGGCUGCUCAACGAUGAGCUCCCCAACUGCUGGGAGUGCCCUAAGUGCUACCAGGGUGAUGACUCAGAGAAGGGACAGAAGCGGAAGGUGGAGGAGAGCGACGACGACACGGCGCAAGCCAAGGUGCUGCGGCCCCUGCGGAGCUGCGAGGAGCCCCUGACCCCCCCUCCCAACUCUCCCACCCCAAUGCUGCAGCUGAUCCACGACCCAGCAUCACCUCGGGGCAUGGUGACGCGCUCGUCCCCGGGAGCCGGCCCCAGCGACCACCACAGCGCCAGCAGGGACGAGCGCUUCAAGCGGCGGCAGCUGCUGCGGCUCCAGGCCACCGAGAGAACCAUGGUGAGGGAGAAGGAGAACAACCCCAGCGGCAAGAAGGAGCUGUCAGAGGUGGAGAAGGCCAAGCUGCACGGCUCCUACCUCACCGUCACGCUCCAGCGCCCCACCAAAGACGUCCAUGGCACUUCCAUCGUCCCCAAGCUGCAAGCCAUCACGGCUUCCUCCACCAACCUGCAGCACUCGCCGCGCGUGGUCAUGCGUCACGCACCCACCAGGAUGCCCCUGCGGGGCGGGGGUGAGGACGAAGCAGCCGCCGAGGAGGAGGAGGAGGAAGAGGAAGAGGAGGACGAGAACGCGGAGGAAGGGGGGGCGGCCCGGCUCAAUGGCCGAGGGGGCCGGGGGCAGGAGGGCGACGAGAGCUGCAUGCAGCGCGAGGUGUGGAUGUCUGUCUUCCGCUACCUCACCCGCAGGGAGCUCUGCGAGUGCAUGCGGGUGUGCAAGACCUGGUACAAGUGGUGCUGUGACAAGAGAUUGUGGACAAAGAUCGAUUUGAGCCGGUGCAAGUCCAUCACCCCACAGGCGCUGAGCGGCAUCAUCAAGAGACAGCCUGUCAGCCUCGACCUCAGCUGGACCAACAUCUCCAAAAAGCAGCUCACGUGGCUUGUCAACAGGCUCCCAGGCCUGAAAGACCUCAUCUUAGCGGGCUGUUCCUGGUCUGCGGUCUGUGCUCUCAGUACCUCCAGCUGCCCCCUUCUCAGGACCCUCGAUCUUCGGUGGGCAGUAGGAAUCAAGGACCCUCAGAUCCGGGAUCUACUCACGCCUCCCACAGACAAACCCAGUAAGCUGUUCCUGGUGGUGGUGGAUGACGAGGGUCCCAAUGGCUAUGGGGAGCUGGAGGAGGGUGACCUCUUGGGCGCAGAGCAGGGAGGUGAUGCUGGAUCUGGAAUACCCCAGCGCAGCCGGGUGGAUAAGUCCCUGCUCAGCCUCUCCUCUCCCUCUGCAGGUCAGGACAAUCGCAGCAAGCUCCGGAACAUGAUCGAUUUCCGGCUCGCCGGCCUGGACAUCACGGAUGCCACGCUGCGGCUGAUCAUCCGCCACAUGCCCCUGCUCUCCCGCCUCGACCUCAGCCACUGCAACCACCUUACGGACCAGUCGGCCAACCUCCUCACGGCCAUGGGCUCUUCCACGCGCAACUCCCUCACCGAGCUCAACAUGGCAGGCUGCAAUAAGCUGACGGACCAGGCCUUGCUGUACCUGCGCCGCAUCUCCAACGUCACCCUCAUUGACCUGCGAGGUUGCAAACAGAUCACCCGCAAAGCCUGUGAGCACUUCAUCUCGGACCUGUCCAUCAACAGCCUCUACUGCCUGUCCGACGAGAAGCUGAUCCAAAAGAUCAGCUAGAGACCCUCCCCGGGGCAGACUGAGGAGAAGGAAAAAGAGCCCAUCCCACCCCUCUCGGAGAGCCGCUCCUCCACAUCCCCAUCCUUGCCCUCUGUGUCCUGCCGCUGCUUCCCAUCGGACUCGGCAGGCAGGGCCGCUGCUGGCCUCGCUCCACCGUCCUUCCUCCUCCUCCUCCCCCGGGACUUCUGCCGAUGAAGACGUCCCGCCAAGGCUGGCCAGUACCAGAGGAGGAACGGGCACAUGGCAGGGAGCCUCAGCCCGGAGGCUGGCCGCUCCCAAGGUGGAGGUUGAAACAGAGAUCUCUGUGCAGAGAAUUGGGGCACCCUCUUCCCCCCCCCCCCCAUCCCAGCUUUCCCCUUCCUCCCCGUUGUCUCCUUGCCUUGAAACACUUUGUCACUUCCCCGUUAGCACAAAGCUUGAGGGUCAAGGUCUCUCCGAGAAGCGGGAGCAGAGCUGGAACAAAACGUCCCCCUCCGUGCCACAACCAGGUCAUCGCUUGCCCCUGCGCUCUCAGCCCCAUCACUGGUCCCCUCAUCCAGCUGCAGGGGCUGGGGUCCAAGCUCCUCCUUCUCGCACCGCUCUCCUGCAUCCCGGUGGCUCUGACAGCGAGGACAGGAGCCCCACAGCACCGGCCAGGACUUGGGGAGGGGGGAGCUUUGCAUCCUGCUCUUCCCAUCGCCCGGGGAGGUGAGGCUGGGGGACAACGCGCUUCCACUCCGGGCCAGCGCCAGCCUUCCCGGAGCACCGCCUGUCCCCAGCGCAGCCCCGCACCGAGGCGAUGGCCGGGGCCGGAGCAGGGGCCACCCUACAGGUACACCAGAGCUCAGGGAGGACUCGGGAAGCAUCAGCCAGGGGUGAGUGAGCUCACGAACGAGGGGAGGACGAAGAGCUGCCUCCUCUUCCUCGCCACCUCCUCUCCGCGUGGCCCAGCAUCAUGAAGCACUCUAGGGGCCACCAUGGCCAUGGUUGGAAGGGGGGUGAAGGCUGCUCUGUCUUAACCUGGGGCGCUGCGGCCUGGGACCGAACUGGCACGAAUGUCCCCGCUGCAUCGUCCUCUCUCCUUCCCCUCACCCCACUUUUCGCUGCCGUUUUUCCUUUGCAAUGAAUGGUCGGUCCAAAGAACCUCUCUCUUGGGCAGCAGAGAGUUUUUUGCACUUUAAAAAGAAAAAAAACAAGCAAACAACAAAAACAAAAAAAAAGACAAAAAAAAAGACACAGGAAAAAAAAAAGAAAAAGGAAAAAAAAAAAGUUGGAAUCUUUUUUUUGUUUGUUUUUUUGGGGGGUCACUGUUUUAUUCCCCCCCCUGUGACCGGACGCUCCCCAUCUCUCUCCUGGUGUCAGGACCCUGCUGGCCCCAAGUCUGGCCCCAUAGCACAACCCAGCCUCCCCCCUGAUACCCCCUCUCAACCCUGCAGAGGACAACAGCCAAGGGGGGGGAUCCCCACUGCUUCAGAAGCAAUAAGGGAGGAAGGAGACGCCUCCAUCUGUCCUCCGCUUCCCGGCUGCUGGAAAAGGGGGAUGGAUGCAAGGAGCAACGAGAGGGUUGUGCCGCGGGGGGAGCCGGAGGGCUCGGAGCAGCCACCGCGGCUCCGGGUGUGAGGAAGAGCGGAGGCCGCCCUGCCUUAGCCUCCUUUGGGAAGGACAUAUGGAAUCUCCCGAGCUUUUCUUUUUCCUUUUGGAUUGAGGUUUUUGGUUUGAGUUCUUUUGCAACGAGAAAGAAAGAAUUCCAGGCUGGGAUCGAGCUCGGCCGGAGCCGGUGGGCGCAGGGACAUCCUCCACCAUGGCCAUGGUUGGGGUUGGAUGGAGGGGCCGUAAUCCCCUUCAUCAUCCUCCUCCCGCAUGGCUGCAGAGACUCCGGUGCGCGGCCCUCAUCCCCCUUCCACUCCUCGGGCAAAAGGGGGAGGAAAAUCCAUAAGGAAGAGAAAGAAAAAGAAUUAUAUAUAUAAAAAGAAGAAAGCAAUCACGUAGUGAUUUAAAAAGCACCCAGACUGCUCCCUCAAGACAACCCCUGCAAGAAGAAGUCAUUGUUUAAAGGGUUUGGUUGUGUUUUGGUUUCGUUUCAAUUCCCACCCUCCUCUUCCUCCCCCUUCCCAAUUUUUCCCCCCCAUUCCAUCCCCCCCCCCCCCCCCCCUCCCCCGGAGAAAUAUUGUAAAUAUCUAUUUUUUUGUUGGCGAUUUAGAGUCCAUCUCUGAUGUUUGUGCUUUAAAAUUAAAUGUAAGCAUUAAGGGUAAAAAGCAAACCA